AUGAGCACUUUAGAGCCAUCCUUGCGCACGACCCACGACUUACUCCUUUGCAACGAAUGCGGAACCCAGUAUCCAGUCACCACGCAGUCCGGAAAGGACGAGUGUAAGAUAUGUGACGACCCGAGGCAAUAUGUUCCUGCUACAGGCCAGGUCUUCACCACUCUGGGGAGAUUGAAACAGCAAGGACACCGCAAUACGUGGUGGCAAGACGAAGAGAAUCCGAGGAUAUGGUCUGUGAGGACGGAACCCAAGGUGCAAAACUACCAGAUCAACGCCACGUACGGUCGGUUCACUGCUGACACAAUCCCCCCAGUUCGCCAUCGGCCAACGCGCCAUGCUCGUCCAGACCGCCGCGGGAAAUGUCCUCUGGGAUCUCAUCGCCCUUCUCGAUCAGGAGACCGUAGACAAGAUCGUCCAGCUGGGGGGAUUGAAAGCCAUCGUCAUCAGUCAUCCACACUACUACACCACCUGGUCCGAAUGGUCGCGGACCUUCCAAUGUCCCGUCUACAUUGGCGAGCCGGACAAGCUCUGGCUUGAACGGGUAAAUUCCAAAGGAGCAGAUAUCCGCUUCCUCCAAGAGCCAUACACAACGGACAUCCUGCCUGGCUCCUCCGACCUCACGGCGAUCCUCGCCGGUGGCCAUUUCCCAGGCUCUCUCCUCCUCCACUGGAAAGCACCAGACCACAAGGGAAUCCUCUUCAUCGCAGACACGAUCUUCACUUCCCCGUCCGCGAUGAAUCCAAACCCGGGGAAAGCGGGAGUGAUCAGUUUCACGUUCUUCUGGAGUAUCCCGAAUCGCAUCCCGUUGCAUCCAGAUGACAUUUUCCGGAUUUGGAAGCUGGUCAGGCCGUUGGAGUUUGAGACUGCUCUUGGGGCGUUUGCGGGACAGGAUGUCAGGACGAGGGAGGGGGAGGUUGAGAGGGGGACGGGCGGGGUGAAGGGGAGGUUGUUGGAGAGUUGUGGGAUUUAUGUUAGGGCUAUGGGAUGGGAGGAGCAUGAGAUUUUGGGGGAGAGGUUGUGA